UGUAUUUUAAUUUUUUUUAUCGCUCUCUAGUAGAUUACAAAAUUUUCUCUCUUUCCCGCUUUUACUUUGACGAGUGUAUGUGCUAAUCGGCUAAUAUCGUCGAUCGAUCUUCGAUUUAAAUGCAAUGUCAGAGCAAUGUAUUGAAACUUCAAAUCAAUCCUGACACCUACACAAAAUUUUCCGAUAUUUCAAUAUAUAACUUUUAAAAUUCUAAGUAAAUUGAUUUUCUCAUGCUAUUUUAAUUAAAUAUUACAUUGAACAAGGAUGAAUGGAUUCAAGAAAUGGGCGUUGCAAGAUUUGUCAUAUCUGCCUAAAUCUGUACAGCAUGAAACGCACGUGCCUACGAACACAUUUAAGCGUUACCUUUCGAAUUUCCUCAACUCUUCUCGCAAGCAAGAUAAUGGUUAUGACAGCAGGAAAAUUAAUGUAUCACGAGAUCAACUAAAAUCACAGAAUUUACAAAAACAUGACUUGUCGCCAUCUUCAAAAUUUCAAAAUUAUACGCCGAAAGAUCUUUUCUCGAGCACAACAACGGAACGAGGAAUUCAGCAGCUCUCGCAGGCUUUCCACAUUUUGCAAAUUCCUGCGGUCACAUUCAAGCCAUUACCAUCUUUAUUUGAAACAUUGCAACAAUCGAAUACGAAUACAAUGAAAACGCAAGAGUAUACGAAAUUUGCAGCUAAAUCAUUGGCAAUUGCGAAUAUAGGUAAUUCGAUAAAUUUAAUACAUAAAUUGAAAUAUUCGAAACUUUACAAAACAUUAGUCGAAUUUAUGUCUUAUAGAAAUCCCGUGCAAAAUUAUGUCAAAGUGGCCCUACAUGGAUCCUCACAGAGAAUAUCACAAGAAGACUUUUAAGAUUGAAAACUUAGCAAAAUGCGAAGAUUACCUUUUAUUUACAUCUGACAUUCCGACAACGCGACAAAAACAAAGUGCAGGCUAUAGAUUGUCUCAAUUUGAUCGUUUGGUUUACUCCAAAAGUUCAGGGACUAAAGAAUCUCGAAAACCUUUGUCCUACCUGCCUUCUGUACCGUGUCGCUUUUUUUCCUCGAAAAGUUGCACCGAAGUCCAGCAAUUUA